AUGCAAAAGGUGGUCACCGCUACUACUGCACCCACACACAAUUUGUACCUUGCACGCGAAUCAGGCUCAAGAAAACCCAUUCCAGCUCGAAGUCCUCUUGAACAUCACAACUUGAACUCAGACUUCACAGCCGAAACUUGGAACGUUUCAUCUGCGCAAGGCUCACCACCGUCUCUUUCAUCGUACAUCCCACGUCCAGCUUUGGUUCAAAAACCUUUAGCGAUGCCUGUUCGUACAAACCUCGUAGACAUGUCAAAGACCGAACCAUCUGGUCAUCCGUCUGAGCGUAUCCCAAACAACGCUCAACGAUGGCGGCUAAAUGGUUCAGGACAGCUUAUCGAUCCAGACGCAUCGCUCGACUGGGAUCUUGCCCAGGAUAUUGCCAGGCUGAAGCUCGGCGUUGUAGGCGACAUUGGGGACGACAUACAAGGUCGACUGGGGACUUCUCCUCAGUCCAAGCUAGGUGCUGCGAACGUAGCACCAUUCAACGAAGCAAGUCCGCUGGAAACGGCUUCUGACGUCAGUCUCGACUCCUCCCCCAAUACCUCUGAUCAUCAAAUUUCGCCAUCCCAUUCUCGCGUGUCGUCCACUGAUACACUGGAAUCUCACGAAUCUGCCAAUUCUUCGGCUAGUCAUACCAUGCGCGGGCACCCCCAGCUGAAGAUAGCAACGGGGAAUGAGGGGAAGGAGCGCCCUCACUCCUUCAGCGGUGGACUAUCGACUGCUGAUUUGCGUCGCCUAAAGCAAGCAGGGGAGGAGCAUUUACAUGCAAUGCCUACUCACCCUUGGUCGUCUGCUACUUACCGGGACCGCGUUGGUGGCGGAGAAAAGCCUUUUUCGCCUGAGCAGCCCCAGUACCCAUCGCUGACCAACGCAUCAUUUGGUCGCGGACAACAGCAAUAUGACUACCGUUCCGCACAAGGUAAUGGGGACUUGCAGGGCGAAUAUGGCGCUCAGCGCGGCUAUUUCCCGCAACCUUCUGCCCCUAGUGCCGCCGCACCACCUCACUUUCUUCAAGGUCGCCCAGCGAAUGGGGUUCAAUCUACCUAUCGCCAGCCUCAGCGAGGUUACCCACAACCGUUGGUCCCAAGCCCAACGGGACUUGCUUAUGGUCCAGCACACGUUCCUCACUUGUCGCUCGGUAACACUCAACAACUCUAUGACAUGGUUCUCCCUACUGGAGACAGCCAUCACCCGGCCGUUAGUCGUGUGCAGCAACAACACAACGCGUUCCGUGGUGCUCAUCAGCACUCCGCCUCGGACCCCUCUGCUCUGCGAGAUGUUGCUACGCUAGCGCUCCUCAGCAACCAAGCAGUUUUCGCACAGGCGGCUCAUGGAAUGUAUCCCCCCAUCCACCCUGGCCUCUACAAUCAAUUUUACGGUACUCCAGAAUCAUACCCCUCGGAUCUAGCUGUCGCGGCCAUGGCCAGCCGUCUGCAAACCCAUUUCACUAGUCCGUAUGGAGCGUUACCAGCUCAAGGCCUGGGAGUGGACCAUUCCAAUUCAGGAUCUGAUAGUCCUUCGCAAAACACCGGUGGACCAAGUGCUAACAACCGCAAGCUCGGCUUGUACAAGACCGAGUUGUGCAGGUCAUGGGAAGAGAAGGGCUCAUGUCGAUACGGAGCGAAGUGCCAGUUUGCCCAUGGAGAAGAUGAACUUCGGAAUGUUGCUCGUCACCCCAAGUACAAAACGGAAAUCUGCAGGACGUUCUGGGUGUCAGGUGCAUGUCCAUACGGGAAACGUUGUUGCUUCAUCCAUACCGAGCUGCCUGUCUCGGGCAUCGCACCGGGAGCCGAGGGUAUUCCUCCGCCUUCGGUAACUGCAAGCAACCGUGAGCGCUCGAAUAGCGACCCCAACGAAUCAUCGAUAUCCCUUCUUCAGCGCAUCCAGCGUAAGGGUGAUGCAACACCAGUGGAUGCAUCCCCUCCUUCGGGUAACUUCUUUAAUUCUCGACCUCCUACCGGCUCGCUUCGCGUCGACACCUCUGCUCUCAAUAAUAUUACGAAGCAGAACAAGUCAGCAUACCCUACCUUUGCCAGCAAUGCGUUGAUGCUUUCAAGCUCCGAGCAGACGCCUAUGAAGUCUCCGGUUGUUCCUCUUACAGCGGGUCCUGAUUUGGGGCGGCACAACAACGCACGCCUGGAUAUCGUAGGAUACAGCCAGCAACGUCUUAACAGGACGAGCGCUACGACGCCUAACGCCAGACACUCUUUCAAUGGAACGGAUGUAGACCUAGAUUUUUCCUCGCCGUCCACACCUUCUGCUGCAACUCCCACGACGUCCUUUGCACUUACGCAAGCCGAUAGGGUAUCGAACAAUAAUGCUGUUCCACGUGCGCACGUUAGAUCUGGGAGUGCUGGAAACUGGGGCAAUGUUACUCGUAGUAGCAACCUAGCUGGUGCGCCCUCAUACCCACAGGCCUCCGGGGCCGGGGAAUCUAAUUCUCCGUGGACAUCAGGUAACCUCACCAGACUCGGAGAUAAUUGGAUGUAA